AUGAAUAAUGAGAAGCGGGUUUUGACUAAAGGGUAAAGAUAUAGAAUAGAAAAUAGGGUGUAAUCCAAUAAGUUAAAAGAAAAGAAAUAAAUGAGUGAAUAAAUAAAACAAUAUUAAGAAAAGAAAAACAAAAAAAGAUUGUAUUCAGCAAUUUAAAACAAUCCAGAAAAUUCUGACUAUUAUAAUGGCAAAGGUACUCGUAACUAUUAAUAACUUCUUAGCUAAUACAUUAUGUAAAAUGUAUAGAUUUGAGGAGGCUUUGAAAAAUUAUGAUUUGGCAAUUGAAAACGAUCCAGAAAAUUCUGACUAUUAUAAUGACAAAGGUAUUAAUAACUAUUGAUUAUUUCUUAGCAAAUACAUUAUAUAAAAUGAAUAGAUUUGAGGAGGCUUUGGAAAAUUAUGAUUUGGCAAUUUAAAACGAUCCAGAAAAUUCUGACUAUUAUAAUGGCAAAGGUACUAGUAACUAUUGAUGAUUUCUUAGCUAUUACUUUAUAUACAAUGAACAGAUUUGAAGAGUCUUUAAAAUAUCAUAAUUCAGCAAUUUAGAACGAUCCAUAAAUUUCUGACUAUUAUAUUCACAAAGGUACUAGUAUCUAUUGAUGAUUUCUUAGCUGUUACAUUAUAUAAAAUGAAUAGAUUUGAGGAGACUUUGGAAAAUUAUGAUUUAGCAAUUUAAAUAAAUCCAGAAUAUUCUCACUAUUAUUAUGGCAAAGGUAUGAGUAACUAUUGAUUAUUUCUUAGCAAAUACAUUAUAUAAAAUGAAUAGAUUUGAGGAGGCUUUGGAAAAUUAUGAUUUGGCAAUUUAAAACUCUCCAGAAAAUUCUGACUAUUAUAAAUGCAAAGGUACGAGUAAUUAUUGAUGACUUCUUAGCUAUUACAUUAUAAAAAAUGAAUAGAUUGGAGGAGGCUUUGGAAAAUUAUGAUUCAGCAAUUUAAAAAAAUCCAGAAAAUUCUAACUAUUAUAAUGACAAAGGUAUUAUGAUGACUUAUUAGCUAAUUUAUUAAAUGAAAUGAAUAGAUUUGAGGAGGCAUUGGAUAAUUAUGAUUAAGCAAUUUAAAUAAAUCCAGAGAAUUCUGACUAUUAUAAUUGCAAAGGUACUAAUAACUAUUAAUAACUUCUUAGCUAAUACAUUAAAUAAAAAGAAUAGAUUAAAGGAGGCUUUGUAAAAUUAUGAAUCAGCAAUUUAAAAAAAUCCUGAAAAUUCUGUCUAUUACUAAGGCAAAGGUAUUAGUAACUAUUGAUGAUUUCUUAGCUAAUACUUUAUAAAAAAUGAAUAGAUUGGAGGAGGCUUUGGAAAAUUAUGAUUCAGCAAUUUAAAAAAAUCCUGAAAAUUCUCACUAUUAUAUUGGCAAAGGUAUUAGUAACUAUUGAUGAUUUCUUAGCUAAUACUUUAAAAAAAAUGAAAAGAUAUGAGGAGGCUCUGGAAAAUUAUGAUUUGGCAAUUUAAAACAAUCCAGAAAUUUCUGACUUUUAUAUUGGCAAAGGUACUAGAUACUAUUGAUUCUUUCUUAGCUAUUACAUUGAAUAAAAUGAAUAGAUUUGAGGAGGCUUUGGAAAAUUAUGAUUCAGCAAUAUAAAAAAAUCCUGAAAAUUCUUACUAUUAUAUUGGCGAAGGUAUUAGUAACUAUUGAUGACUUCUUAGCUAAUACAUUAUGUAAAAUGAAUCGAUUUGAGGAGGCUUUGGAAAAUUAUAAUUCAGUAAUUUAAAAAAAUCCAGAAAAUUCUAACUAUUAUAUUGGCAAAGGUAUUAGUAACUAUUGAUGAUUUCUUAGCUAAUACAUUAUAUAACAUGAAUCGAUUUGAGGAGGCUUUGAAAUAUUAUGAUUUGGCAAUUUAAAAAAAUCUUGAAAAUUCUGAAUAUUACAAAGGCAAAGGUAUUAGUAACUAUUGAUGAUUUCUUAGCUAAUACUUUAUAUUAAAUGAAUAGAUUUGAGGAGGCUUUGGAAAAUUAUGAUUUAGCAAUUGAAAAAAAUCCUUAAAAUUCUCACAAUUAUAUUGGCAAAGGUAUUAGUAACUAUUGAUGAUUUCUUAGCUAAUACUUUAAAAAAAAUGAAAAGAUAUGAGGAGGCUCUGGAAAAUUAUGAUUUGGCAAUUUAAAACAAUCCAGAAAUUUCUGACUUUUAUAUUGGCAAAGGUACUAGAUACUAUUGAUUCUUUCUUAGCUAUUACAUUAAAUAAAAUGAAUAGAUUUGAGGAGGCUUUGGAGAAUAAUAAAUUAGCAAUCUAAAACGAUCCAGAAAACUUUAACUAUUACAUAGGUACUAGUAACUAUUAAACUUCUUAGAUAUUAUAUAAAUUUCUUAUUAUAUGA